AUGGAAAGCUUAAGAUAUCUGUGCGUCAAAACAGCUCUGCAUUUUUGUUUAUGGCGAUCUUCAUGCGGCAAGAUUGUCUAUUCGGUCUCGGAGGAAGUAAAUAAGGGAACUGUUGUCGGAAAUAUAGCAAAGGAUCUCAAGAUCAGUGUUCUGGAAUCUCGUAUCUUGCAGCUUGUGUCUGGAUCCAACAGGAAAUAUUUCGAUUUGGAUUUAAAAACGGGAGCGUUGUUUGUGAAUGAAAGAAUUGACCGGGAGGAGUUAUGCUUCGAUCUUCAGCAGUGUGCUCUUAAUUUGGAGGCUGUUGUUCAAAAUCCUCAUAGCCUGUAUCGAAUUGAAAUAAAUGUUCUGGAUGUUAAUGAUAUUGCUCCAUAUUUUGUGGACAGCGUUAUAACGAUAAACAUUACAGAGGAUGUUGUUCCAGGGGAGAGAUUUCAUCUUCCUGUAGCUGAAGAUAACGACAUUGGCAUUAAUACACUGAAAGACUACAAACUGAGCAAGAAUGAACACUUUUCUAUUGACGUGCAAACUGAAGAGCAGAGUGUGUCUGCUGAAUUAAUGCUCCAAAACCCUUUAGAUCGCGAAAAACAAUCGGUAAUUCCUCUUGUACUGACAGCGAUUGAUGGAGGAAAGCCUGCAAAGACUGGCACAUUAAGUGUAAUAGUUAAUGUAAUUGAUAUAAACGACAACAAGCCUGUCUUCAGCAAACCUUUGUACAAGAUAAAGGUGAGUGAAAACGUUUCUGUUGGUACAAGAAUCAUCUCUUUGACUGCUACUGAUUUGGACGAGGGCACCAACAGUGACAUUAUUUACUCAAUAGCUGAACAUGGAAACAUAAAAAAGCAAAGUCUAUUCACUGUGGUUCCUGAAACUGGGGACAUUGUUGUGAAGGGUCAAAUAGACCAUGAGAUAAAUGUUGCAAUUGAAUUGCGAGUUCAGGCGAGAGAUAAAGGCAGUCCACCAAAGAGCACACAAUGUAAAGUUUUAAUAGAAGUUAUGGAUGAAAAUGAUAAUGCACCAGAGAUAAUUGUGACUUCUCUGUUGGAAAGUGUGAAAGAAGACACAAAGUCAGGAACUGCUGUAGCUUUAGUCACAGUGUCUGAUAAAGAUGGAGGUAAAAACGGCAUUGUACACUGUGCUCUGAAAGGCUCGUUUCCUUUCAAACUGGAGACGUCAUAUAACAAUCAUUAUUCUCUAGUGGUAGAUGGACCUCUGGACAGAGAGAGCGCUUCUCUGUAUAACAUCACAAUUACAGCUGCAGAUGAAGGAACUCCGUCUCUUUCCAGCAGCACUGUUAUAACUCUACAUAUCUCUGAUGUUAAUGACAAUGCUCCACAUUUCCCAGCACCAGUUAUUAACGCUUUUCUAAGUGAGAAUGGUCAAGCUGGAGGUCUCAUGACAAAAGUGUCCGCUGAUGAUUCAGACACUGGUGAAAAUGCAGAACUUUCAUAUUCACUGUCAGAAAGUUCCAGCUCCAGUGUUCCUAUAACAACACUGAUAAAUAUAAACUCUUUAAGUGGAGAAAUAUUCAGUUUGCAAUCAUUUAAUUACGAAGAAACAAAAAUAUUUCAGUUUCAAGUUAUGGCAACAGACUCCGGUGUUCCUCCUCUGAGCAGUAACGCGACUGUAAAUGUGUUUAUUCUGGAGAGUUUUUCGGAUCUGAAUCUGUAUCUGCUCAUCGCUAUUGUCUCAGUAUCAGUCAUCUUUUUACUGAGUCUGGUGGGUUUGAUAGCAGUUAAAUGCUACAGGACAGACAGCAGUUUCAGCAGAGAAGAUGCAAAAACUGGCACUGCUGUGGCUCUGGUCACAGUUUCCGAUAAGGAUGGUGGAAUGAAUGGGAAAGCAACAGACUCUGGUGUUCCUCCUCUGAGCAGUAAUGCAACUGUAAAUGUGUUUAUUCUGGAUGAGAAUGACAACAGUCCGGUUAUUUUACCACCUUAUUCUGAACCUGGAUCAGUUAAUAGUGAGAACAUUCCCUACUCUGCUGAGGCAACAGACUCCGGUGUUCCUCCUCUGAGAAUUAAUAGUGAGAACAUUCCCUACUCUGCUGAAGCGGGAUACUUUGUAGCCAAGAUCAGAGCUGUUGAUGCUGACUCUGGAUAUAACGCACUUCUGUCUAAUCAUCUAACUGAACCCAAAGGAACAAAUCUCUUCCGCAUUGGAAGCAUGUCUGAUAAUGGAGAGCCAUCACUCUCAGCAACUAUGUCCAUGGAUGUUGUGGUUGUUGAGAGUCUGGAUGACAUGAAGUUCCUGUUAAAGAGGAGAGUUUUUCCGAUCUGA